CCCAACCAGGGCGUUCAGCACCAUGGCCAGCUCUCGGCCACAGCGCCGGGCUGGCCGGGGGCGGCCGGUCGGUGGGUCCCCGGCGCGGCUGGCGCAGUGAGCUGCCCCCACCACCCCCCCGGCGUCUGGGCAGGGAGGGAGGGAGGCUCCCCCGCCCGCCCCACUCCACUCCCCUCCCCUCCCGCCGUCUCCACCGCCUCCCCCGCCGGAGAGAGCAGGCGCCCGGCGCGGGCUGGGGAGGGACCGAGCGACCCACCGAGCCGGCCCCGUCUCCGCCCUCCCGGCCCGGUCCCUGCCCCGGCCGAGCGCCGCGCCCAGCAGCCCCGUGCGUCCCGGAGCGCUUGGGCGCUGCGCCCCCGUCCGCCGGGUCCCUGCGCCCCCGGGAGCGCACCAGCGUCGGGCGCCCCUCGGACCCGGAUCUCCCCGGUCUCCGCAUCCCCGGAUCCCGCCCCAGGACCGCGCCGCCUCCCCCGGGCACCAUCGGCGCCUUCCAUCGCUCCAGCCGGCCCCGAGCCCAGCUUUCAGGGCUGGUUGGCGGGUGCCGCGGUGUCGAGCGACUGCCCUGCGCACGGAUCUAACCCCAGGCUGGGAGGGAGAACAGGCCGGCACCACCCACCACACGCCUGCCACAAGAUGCUGCUCCUGCUGCUGAGCGUGGUGCUAAUUCCAGCUCCUGGCUCUGGGGCGCUGGGACUCAACAGCACAACAGCUCAGCCGGAGACCCCCCCACCUGACGGUGCCCCGCUCUGCGCCCCCCAGGCUGUGAGAUCAUCCACCCGCCGCGGGACGGGGGGAUCCGGUACCGGGGCCUCACCCCGGACCAGGUGCAGACAGUGCACUUCCUGCCCUUCGACUAUGAGAUCGAGUAUGUGUGCCGGCCCGACCGCGAGAUCGUGGGGCCCAAGGUGCGCAAGUGUCUGCCCAACGGGACCUGGACUGAGAUGGGCCAUGCCAGCCGCUGCCUGCGGACUUGUCCCAAGAUACACCUGAGCUUGGAGAAUGGGCAGGCGGUGCCGCGCGGCAUGGAGCGGGUGCCCGUUGAGGGCACCUGGGUGGAAUAUCACUGCAACCCCGGCUUCCGCCUGGUGGGUAGCGCCCGCAGCAAUUGUACCAAGGUGGGGCGCUGGAGCUUCCCCAAAC